GCGUCUUGUAGGGUAAUCGACUGUGGUGAAGGCGCAAAGGGCUCGAGGUUAGUGCGCUAAGAAAGGGACCAUAUUCAGUAUCAAUGCUGCAGAAUUUAGCAGCAAGGCAAAUCCAGACGUGCUCCCUUCCUUUGUCACACACCAUUCUUAAAUCAGUUCGCAGAAUAAAGAUGUUCCAUUUCCACAGCUGGACAAUGAAGCUAACUAAACAUUCUUCAACUCCACUCCAAAGACUAUUGUGUGAAGCUGCUAGCAAUUUACCAGUGUUAACAUUGUUCACCAAGAAACCAUGUCCCUUAUGUGACGAAGCCAAAGCAAUGCUAGAGCCAUAUAAACAUAAGUUUAUUUUUCAGGAGGUGGACAUCACCCUUCCAGAUCACAAAACCUGGUAUGAAAGGUACAAAAAUGACAUACCAGUCUUUCAUUUGAAUGGACAAUUUCUGAUGAAGCAUCGUAUGGAUAUAGAAGAAUUGCAGAAUCAGUUGCUGAACAUAGAGUUGCAAGAUGGUGGCAAAAGGUGAAGAAAAUGAGGAGGUUGCAGGCGGUACAUAAAUAAUUUUGUGCUGCUUCACAAACAAGUAAAACACCAGAGUUUAAAGAAAUUUAUGAAAAUACAACUUUACAUGGUUAACUUGAUUAUGUGAUGAUGAAACAGAUAACAGAUGUGUUGAUCUCAGGCUACAAAAUGUUAAAGUGUUGUAAUGGAGGGAAAGGGUACAACUGUUUCUCAUUAGCAGAUAAAUUUUUUGCAUAAAUUAAUAUGUUUGUCACUGAUAAAGUCUAGUAGGGGCAAUGCAUUUCAAGUCCUUAUUUUCAGAGUGGCAAAAGAGCACCUGUUUGUUAGAUGACAAUGAUUGCACUUGAUUGAAAACAUUUGCUUGGGAUAUCAGAAUAGCAGCAUCACUUUUCUGACAACUGAGUUUAGUUAUUGUUUUCCUAUGAUAGAAUUUUCUUUAAGUUAGUUGUUCAGUUAUGUAUGUUUCUUCAUAGCAUUUAAGAUCUUCAGUGUUCAUCUUAAAUCUAGCAAUAUAUCUGAUCAACUCCAUUAGUGAAAUGAAACCACAGAACACCGGUUAAUCCUAAAGUAAGACUGAAAAUUAUCUGUAUGCCUCUGGGUUCCGGCCUCCAUUUCAAUUUCAUAUUUUUUAUUAAGAUAAAAUUAUCAGCGCAGGUGUAGAAUAGUAUAGUCCUUAUGUUGAUUUCACACUGUAUAUCUUGAAAGAAACUGUGUGCUCACAUAGGUCUUUGCCAUGUCUAGAGGUGUUCCCAUUCUUUUCAGUUAUCCUUGGGGACACUGCAAGUGGAUUUCUGAUGUUUUUUAAUUUGUUUAUUUGUUUGGAUUUCAUAGACCGCUUCAUCCCCAAAGGGUGUUAUACUAGUAGGGUUUGAGUCUAAGGGCCUUUUUAAUAAAAGGAACCAAUUAACGUAUCUUAAAAUCAGGACUUGUUUUUUCUCUUUAUGAUUCCGAAAACAUUUUAUUUCCAGCCUGGAAAUGUUUUAUCUGAAUCCCCCCCUUAAAAUGAUUCUUUGGAUUAAACAUUUCUAAGCCGUCUUCCCUUGCUGUGUGGUCUUAUUUAUAAUGUUUUAUCUUUCCUGCUACUGUUUUCCAUGCCUCUGAGCUGUUGCCCAUCUUCCCCCUUGGCACAAUUUUCUCACAUCCCUGACUUCACUCCUUUCCCUCUCACCUCUUUAUUUUCAUAAUUUCUGCAUUUUGUUGUUGUUGCUUGGUUGAAUCUAUGAAGCAUCGAUUAAACAGAGCUACAGAAAAUUAAAGCAAAAAA